CUAGUUGUUUACAUCGUUUAAAUUCAUUUUUAACGGUUUUUAGAGCUAAGCUGUUUGUUUUUCGUUCGAUUUUUCGUGAUAAUUUAAUUCCCUAGUGUUGUAAUUGUACCCCUGUUGGUACCACAGUUGAUACCAUGAUGAAUACCGAUACCGCAAACUCUGAAAAGGGCAGAAAGCCCCACAAUUUAUACAAGGAACUCGGAUUUGAAUCAUUACAUUUGGACAAUGGAAGAAUGGGAGCUAAGUGUGACACGUGCAACCAUAUUCUAAAAAAUACAGCAAUAUCUCGCCUUCGUACACAUAGAAAAAGAUGUUUUCGCAAGAGCAGUAGUAUUGAUUCUAAAGAAGGUGAAGCCAUAUCAUUAUCGUCAGAUGAUAGUGUGAGGUCUAAAAAUGUAAUGACACCCAUCGAUAGGCCAGUUAGACGGGUUAGACCACUUAACAGGGAAAUUAAUUCUACUGCUGCGUCUACUGGAAUAACUUCUGACGAUGAAACUCAAGAAGUGCCCCAAGAAGUGGUUAUGGAAGUUGAAGUAAACACAAGUGCCCCUCCUCCCCAAUCUUCAUAUAGAGUUUUAGAUAUUGAAAACCUGGAGAUAAUUCCAUCCCCUGUAUCAUCGCCACUACCGAUAUCAUCAUCAGAGGUUGAUGAGUCGUUGGCCAAUCAAAAUCAGCUAUUGGAACAUGGAUAUGCCAAAGAGGAGCGCCAAGGUCGCAAUUUUCCCAUCAAUUUCGCAGCUUCCAUUUCCACUGCAUCCUCAUCAUCAUCAUCAUCGAGGACUGACAUAUCAAGAUCGUCUAAGUUAAUUAAUGGAAAUAAAAAUAACAGCAGGCAAAAGAAGGAAAAAAAAACAAAAAACCUAAGUUCCUUUGUUAACAAAAUGAAUCAAAAAGAAAAAGAAGAGCCAAGGAAACGGGUGAAGCACUUGCAGAAGUCUGCAAUAACGCUCUUGAAACGGCAAAAUCAGCAUACAACUGUGAAAUUUACGCCGUAG